AUGGGCAUGAACCUUCCCAGCAUGUGCAAAAUUUUAAAAUGUGCCUGCAAUGACGAUAGUAUCACCAUCAAAGCUGAAGACAAUGCCGAUACAGUAACUUUUGUCUUCGAAUCUUCAAAUCAGGAAAGGGUUUCUGAUUAUGAAAUUAAAUUAAUAGACUUGGAUGCGGAGCAUUUGGGCAUUCCUGAAACAGAGUACAGCUGUGUAGUGAAAAUGCCCUCAGUUGAAUUCCAAAGAAUUUGCAGAGACUUGAGUCAGAUUGGUGAAUCAGUCAUGAUUGCUUGCACAAAGGAAGGUGUCACAUUCUCAUCUACUGGAGAUUUAGGAACUGGAAACAUUAAACUUGCUCAGAGCACAAAUGUUGACAAAGAGGAAGAAGCUGUGGUCAUUCAAAUGAAUGAAGCUGUUAGUUUGACCUUUGCCCUUCGGUAUCUUAAUUUCUUCACAAAAGCCACUCCAUUAUCUGCACAGGUGACACUCUCUAUGUCACAAGAUGUACCACUAGUUGUGGAAUAUAAAAUUACUGACAUGGGUUACAUUCGGUACUACUUGGCUCCCAAGAUUGAAGACCAAGACAGUUAA